AUGCGCCCCGGCCACGCCGCGCUCACAAACCGGCGAGACAAAAGGGAGGGUCCGGCGACCUGCCCCGCCCCGCGCCAGCGCCCGGCACGCUCAAACCUAUGGCUUUCAUGCCCGGGCCGCUGCCUGCGGCGCGAUGCACCCCGCGGACUCCCCGAGCGGCCCCGGCCCCCACCGCGGGCCCUUGUCCCUGGCGCCCCCGCCGCACGUCCACUGCCCUCCGCGCCCGGGCCGCGGCCGCACGUGGCAGUGAAGGUGGCCUUCCGCAAGGCCUACUCCAUCAAGGACAAGCUGCAAGCCAUCGAGCGUGUCAAGGGUGGCGAGCGCCAGGCUAGCGUGUGCCGCGACUUCGACGUGCCUGGUGGCACACUGCGCGGCUGGCUCAAGGACGAGCCUAAGCUUCGCUGGUUCCUUGAGCAGCUGGGCGGCGAGGUGGGCACUCAGCGCAAGAAGAUGCGCCUGGCCAACGAGGAGGAGAUCGAUCGCGCGGUGUACGCCUGGUUCCUGGCGCUGCGCCAGCACGGCGUGCCGCUGUCGGGGCCGCUCAUCCAGGCGCAGGCCGAGGCCUUCGCGCGCCAGAUCUACGGCCCCGAGUGCACAUUCAAGGCCAGCCAUGGCUGGUUCUGGCGCUGGCAGAAGCGCCACGGUAUCUCCAGCCAGCGAAUCUACGGCGAGGACGGGGGCUACGGCGACGAGCAGAUCUACAACGCCAACGUCACCGGACUCUACUGGAAGCUGCUCCCCCAGCAGGCAGCGCCCCGGGGCGCAGGGGGUCCCGGGGGAGGGAGCUCCGGCCGGCGCUGGCGGGGCGACCGGGUAACGGUGCUGCUGGCCGCCAACCUGACGGGCAGCCACAAGCUGAAGCCGCUGGUCAUCGGGCAACUGCCCGACCCGCCCAGCCUGCGCCACCACAACCAGGACAAGUUCCCUGCAUCUUACCGCUACAGCCCGGACGCCUGGCUCAGCCGCCCGCUCUUGCGGGGCUGGUUCUUCGAGGAGUUCGUCCCUGGCGUCAAGCGCUACCUGCGUCGCUGCUGCCUGCAGCAGAAGGCUGUGUUGCUGGUGGCCCACCCUCCCGGGCCGAGCCCGGCCCCUAGGACGCCGGCCCGGAGCGAGAGCGAGGAGGGCCCCCGGCGGGCCCGCCCCGAGCCCCCAGGGCCCCCGGAAGAGCUGCAGACGCCCGAUGGCGCUGUGCGCGUGCUCUUCCUGACCCGGGGCGGCGGCGCGCAGAUCCCCGCUCCUCUGGAGCAGGGCGUGGUGGUCGCGUUCAAGCAGCGGUACAAGCGGGAGCUGCUGCGCCUGGCCGUGUCGUGCGCGGGCGGCUCCCCGCUGGACUUCAUGCGCAGCUUCAUGCUCAAGGACAUGCUGUAUCUGGCCGGCCUCUCCUGGGACCUGGUGCAGGCGGGCAGCAUCGAGCGCUGCUGGCUGCUCGGCCUGCGCGCUGCUUUCGAGUCCCAGUCCCAGGAGACGCGGGUGGGCCCUCCAGACGGCCAGGAGGAGGCGAAAGAGCACAGCAGGGUGCUCGGCGACCUCACCCACCGGGCCGCCCUGGCUUACAAACGCCUGGCGCCCGAGGACGUGGCCCAGUGGCUGCACCUGGAUGAUGACGGUGGGUUAUGUGAGGGCAGCCGGGAGGAGGCAGACAUGCGCCCGCCGCCCUGGAGUGCCCCUGCCACCUCUGCACCCCUGGACUAUCAGUCCCCGGACUUGGGAAGUGGAGAGGAGGCGGGGGAGGGGCCUGCAGCUGCCGAGAGGGCUGGGAUCCCUGUGCCUACUGCCGGCCAGGCUGUUAGGGGUCUGGAGACCGCUCUGCGGUGGCUGGAGAGCCGAGACCCCGGGGAAGUGGGGCCACUGCAGCUGGUGCAGCUGCGCUCGUUCAUCACUAUGACCCGGCGGCUGGGCGCUGUCGAGGGGGGCGUGCCAGAGGACGGGGUGUGA